AUUUGACAUUGUUUAUGCACCUCUCUAAAUUUUGUAUGUAGUACACUUUCGUGACAGCGGGAGUCUCACUCUUGUCUCCUCAACUCAUCACAAGUUGCUGGCCGUCCUCGUAGUGAUGUCGGACGCGAACCUUGCAGUGACAUAUUCUCUAAUCUAUGCGUUUCUGAAACAGCAGUCCCAGACAAAAGCAGCUGAUGCUGUAAAGAAAGCUGCAAGGAACAUAAUUGUCUUAAAGGAUGAUUUGAAGCUCGAGGGUUCAUCCUUGGACGAGAUAGUUAAGCAAUGGAAGGAGUCGCAUGCUAAUGACAGUUCUUCUGACUCUGACUCUUCAGAUGAUUCCUCUGAUGAUUCCUCGACAAGUUCCAGCUCUGAUUCCAGUUCCAGUUCAUCCGAUUCAACGUAUGUUCCUGAGAUGUAUAAUUUAUUUUGCUCAUAAGUCAGCCUAAAGUUCAGGGGAUGAUUCAGGCAUAUUCAUCAUCAAGUGAAAGCGAGGGCGACAGUAAAAAAGGAACUCAGGCCUGUAAAAAGGUACCUGAAACUCUCUCAUGUGGAGAUCGUGAAACGAGUGCUACCCUGUCCUCUGGUAUGCCCCCAUCAUCAGCGUCAG